AACAAAGGUAAAAAAUAUUAUUGUCUACGAACUGCAUUCCAGGUGAAGCGCUCUGCCCGUAUGUGUGGUGAAUGUGAACCCUGCACUAGGACGGAGGACUGUGGUCAAUGCGACUUCUGUAAAGACAUGAAGAAAUUUGGCGGCCCAAACAAGAUUCGUCAGAAAUGUCGUCUAAGGCAGUGUGUUGUCCGUGCACGGAAAAUGCUGCGUGUUCGAGACGAGGAGUUUUCUCUGUGUGAAAGGAAGGACAAUAUAAUGCACAGGGAUAGACGAUACUCAGAUGAUUAUGAUGAGAACGAUAUGGAGCCAUAUUACAAGGGCAGAAAUGCGUCAUGGGGCAGUGAUGAUGAAGACGGCCCACUUUACAGCCCUGUCCCACGGAAGAAAGCUAUAAAAGUCAAGCACGUCAAGAGGAGAAACAAAAAAUUUGACAAAAAGAAAGAGUCCCGUCGCCACAAGCAGAAACAGAAGCACCGUGAUCGUUUGAGACACAGCGAGAGGGGAGAUGGCAGACAUGGAGGAGACUUGCAACAGUGUCUGGGGCCGAACUGUAUCGAGUCAACACGUCCAAACUCAAAAUACUGCUCUGAGGACUGUGGCAUGAAGCUGGCCACCAACCGCAUCUAUGAGAUCCUCCCACAGCGCAUCCAGCAGUGGCAGCAGAGCCCCUGCAUCGCUGAGGAACAGGGCAAAAAACAGCUGGAGCGCAUCCGCAGGGAGCAGCAGGCUGCUCGGAUGCGCCUCGCCGAGAUGGAGCGCCGUUUCCACGAGCUCGAGGGUAUCAUUGCCAAAGCCAAGCAGCAGGUGGUCCAACAGGAUGAGGAUGUGAAUGAAACGGACAGUGAAGACACAGACCUUCAGAUCUUCUGUGUGUCCUGUAGUCACCCUAUUAACCCCAAGGUGGCGCUAAGGCAUAUGGAGAGAUGUUAUGCCAAGUAUGAAAGCCAGACCUCUUUCGGUUCCAUUUUCCCAACCAGAAUAGAAGGGUAAGAGGGCUAUAUUUCUAUUAUUAUAUAGUACAGCAAUUUUGAUUG